AUGAGCCAGGUUGUACUUGUUACCGGAGCCAAUCGGGGCAUCGGAAAAGGGUUUGUGACAUACUAUCUUGCCCGGCUGAACACUACAGUUAUUGCAACCGUGCGAGACGCCUCGUCUGAGAAAGCAAAAGAGCUUUAUACACUGAAAAAGGGCAAUGGAUCUCGCCUAAUUGUUGUAUCACUUAGCGCCGACAGUGCGGCAAGCGCGGUGGAGGCCGCGUCCGAAAUCCAGACAAAGCACCACAUCGACCACAUUGACAUUGUUGUUGCUAAUGCGGGAAUCUGCAACUCCUGGGGCCUUGUCCUGGAGGUGGAUGAGUCGGACCUGGUUACUCACUUUGAAGUAAAUACGAUGGGUCCGCUUAGGCUGUUUAAAGCCACGGCACCAUUGCUGCAGAAAGCUAGGACUCCAAAGUUCGUCUAUAUCUCUACUCUCCUGGCAAGCAUUGGUGAGAUUGGGCGAAUUCCGUCAUUGACAGGUGCGUAUGGAAUGUCAAAGGCGGCUGGAAAUUACCUGGUCAGAAAGAUUCAUGCAGAGAAUGAGCACUUGAUUGCUUUAUCAUUUGAUCCAGGACUUGUCCAGACAGACAUGGGUGGUCGCGCUGCAGAGUCUCUUGGACUAGAUGUGGCCCCAGUAACAGUUGAGGAGACUGUGCGUGGAAUCACGAAGCAGAUUGAUGCAGCGGACAAGUCAACCACCUCUGGCCAAUUUUUCAAUUAUAACGGGGACAAAGUGGCCUGGUAG